AUGGCAGUCGCAUCAGGGUCUGCGACCGACGGCACACCAGAGCACGACAAUAUAAUCCGAACCCAUCUUCCUUCCUUAUCAACCGAUUCUAUCACUACCACCUCCUUUUCUGUCGCCAAUGACGCAUAUGUCAACAAGGUCGCCAUACCUCGAUGGAUAAGAGGGGAUAAAUCAGUCAACGAGGUCAAUGCAGAGGUUCUCCAACGAAGCUCAAGGGCAUGCGAAUCCUGUAGGCAGCGGAAGGCAAAGUGUACCAAGGACUUACCAAGCUGUCGAGCCUGUAAUGAUCUCCAAGUCUCGUGCUACUACGUGGAUGGAAAGAUUAUGAGGACGAAGAGAGAGCUCGACGAUAUAACCCUCAAGGCUGUAGAGUAUGAAAAGUUGCUUCGCGAUCUCAGCACAAGAGUAGAUGAGAUCGAUGCCAAUCGGAUAAGAACCACUUUGGAGAAAGUACCCAUAUGUAUAUCGUCCGAUGAUGAUCUUCCAGGACCUGCUGCAGUACCGUCCUCGGACGAAACAGGACGCGAUGGGCCUAACAACGAUAUCGAUUAUAACUGGUGUACAGAUUUUGGAUCACUUGGCGCCGUUGACUGUGUAGCUGAAGAUUUUAAUAGAAAUGAAAGGUCUAGGGCAUCCGGAUACAUAGGCAAGGGCUCAGAACUUCACUGGUUACAGCGAUUGAGAAUAGCAUCCGGUGUGACGAGCAUUAGACCGCGAGACUUUGACCAUCCUUUCCACCAUGACUGCGAUAUGGAGCCGAGCUCGACUUACGAGACCCUCGCUGAGUCGUAUGACGGCUUAUCCAUUGUGUCGUUGAACUACCAUCUUGACAAUGUUGGAAUCAAUGUGAACGAGACAAUUGACCCUUAUAGUAUUCCACCAAGGGAAUAUGCUGAUAUGUUGCUGAAAGCUUAUCUAACUUCUGUGCAUCCCUAUUUCCCAAUUCUAGGGAAAAUAACGUUCAUGUCUCAGUAUAGGAGAUUCUACGAUCAAUCUGGGGUCAAACCUAGCGAUAAAUGGCUUGCAAUCCUUAAUAUGGUUUUUGCUAUAUCCGCAAAAUAUUCCUACAUCGCUCGGGUCAACUGGGUCGAUAAUGACAAGGAUCAUCGGGUAUACUUUACUCGUGCAAGAGAACUCAGCAUGAAUGGGAAGACUCUGUUUGAUCACCCAGACUUACAGCAGGUUCAAAUCGAGGGUCUAAUUGCUUUCUAUUUCCUUACAACUGAGCAGAUCAACAGAUCCUGGAGGGUCUCUAGCAUUGCUAUUCGCUCUGCAAUUGGACUGGGAAUCAAUCUGAGCAGCAAAAGCACACUUACUUCUGAUAUCUCCAAGGAGGUGCGAUGCCGCGUAUGGUGGUCGUUGUAUACUCUCGAGCAUGUCCUUUGCACUAUGACCGGGCGGCCUACUUGCAUCAGUGGUGAUGUUUGUCUCGCACCUCUACCACUUCCAUUCGACGAGGAUGAUUUUCAUUUGCCGAACGUCUCUGCGCUGCUUAGUAACCCUGUGUUGCGUCAGCAAUGCAUAACCAGCCUUACGACUGGCUUGUUUAGUUGUAUAAAGCAAUCCGCAAUGUAUUCACCAGCGUCAAUACCUUGUCAGACUGCUAAGGACUACGGGGCACGGUUCGGUUCUAGAAUAUUAGAAUCUAUUACUCCAAAUAGCUCGCUGUGUUUCCUCUACCUGACCAGUUUAACCUCAAUAACUCAAGACAUCAUCAGUCGACUCUAUGUCAGCCAUGCUAGAAAGCCAAAUUUGGAUGAAAAUACUAUCACGAAUGGCGCCGCACAGGUCGAUAUAUGGCUCUCCAAUCUUCCUGGCGAGUUCAAUUUUACUAUUGAACAGACCUCACAGGUAUUCUCAAAACAGAGACUGCAUCUUGCGUGUCAGUUCUAUACCACGAGGAUAUAUCUAAGCUACCCGUGUCUAUUCCUUGCCGACCGAACCAAACAGCAUUCCACGGGAUCAUUCCAUAACAGGAUUGCGAUUUUAUGCGUUGAGUCAGCUCGUCAUGUACUGGAAUUGAUUCUAAAGCAGCCUAACGCCAGUGAGAUUAAUGUGCUCAGUCCAUGGUGGUGUCUUCUGCAUGUAAUGGUACAAGCGACAACAGUUUUGCUCCAGGAACUUUUCUUUCAUGCAGUUCACAUGCCUCAUGAGAUAGCCAAGAUAUUCAAGCUGACGAAGAAAGCAAUCCACUGGCUACUCCGCAUGUCUAAUGAGAGCUCGGCUUGCCACCGAGCCUGGGAAUUAUGUGAUGCAUGCAUGAGACACAUCGCUCCUCACAUUGGAGUGGAAGUCGACUCUCUUCUAGACGUGGCACAGAACUCCCUCACGAAGUCCUCCCUCUCUGGGUUGCAUAAUCGGUCUAGUAUUACGCAGAUGCAGCUUGAUAUUUCAUCUUCUCUGCCUGAUAUGCUCUACCAGCCAUUGCCGGUUCAGCCGCUACAGGAACCAAAUCUUGGAGAUGCGUGGAUUGCACCGGAACCAAUACAACAAGAUGAGGCUUUGGCCUACGAUCUUGCCAGAGAAGAGAUUCCUCCAUAUUUGCCUAAUCCCUAUGAUAUGGAUUUGUGA